UUAAACAAAAAAAAAAGACACUCUUAACAAAAAGCAGAAUAAAGGAAAGAGAGAUUGGUUUCUUUUCCUUUUCUCUUGCAGACUCUGCUAAGCAUCUUUGCCUCACUUUCCCAUCCUUUUUCUCUCUUCUCACUCCUUCUCAUUCCUCUCACAAUUUUUAAUUUAAUUUCAUUUUUUUAACCUAAGUUUUCAUUUUUAUUUCACCUUCGUAAUAUUCCUUCCCUAUUCUAGCUACAAAUUCAAUUCUAAGAUAAGUUUCUUAGCUAAAUAAGUUCAUUUCCUUUCUUAUAUAUUUUCCAUAAACACAAUUCAAAACCCUUCUCAGAUUUCUCAAUUUUGAUGCAAGUUUUGAUCUUUUCUCUUGAAAAUUGAUAACCCUAGUGACCCUUUUGAGUACUUAAUCUAAUUCAUCUUUCAAACCUUGAAUUGAUCUUAAAAAUCUCAUCUUUUUCUCAUUGGGUGCUUCAUGGGACUCUGUCAUGGAAAACCCAUUGAAACGUCACGUAGAGAAAGAGAAAGAGAAAGAGAAAAUUCAACAAAUGAAGAAAUUCUUCAACUUCCACCACCACCAUCAAGCUCUCAUCAUCAUCAUGCACCAACUAAAUCAUCAUCAAAGUUUCCAUUUUUUAGUCCAAGUCCAUUACCAAGUUUCUUCAAAAAUUCACCUGCAAAUUCAACUGUGAGUUCAAAUUCAACCCCUCUGCGAACCCCUCUUCGGAUCUUCAAGCGACCCUUUCCUCCGCCUUCACCGGCAAAGCACAUUCGAGCACUGCUAGCUAGAAGACACGGCUCUGUGAAGCCUAAUGAAGCUACUAUACCUGAAGGGAGUGAGUGUGAAGUUGGGUUGGAUAAGAGUUUUGGAUUUUCUAAGCAUUUUGUGACGAAUUUUGAGCUUGGACAAGAAGUGGGUCGUGGCCAUUUUGGUUAUACUUGCUCUGCUAAGGGUAAAAAAGGAAGCUUUAAGGGUCUUGAUGUUGCUGUUAAAGUCAUUCCUAAAUCUAAGAUGACAACAGCAAUUGCUAUAGAGGAUGUAAGAAGAGAAGUGAAGAUAUUGCGAGCUCUAACUGGGCAUAAGAAUUUGGUACAAUUCUACGAAGCUUACGAAGACGAAGAAAAUGUUUAUGUAGUUAUGGAAUUAUGCAAAGGAGGCGAAUUGUUAGAUAAGAUUCUUUCCAGGGGUGGAAAGUACCCGGAAGAGGAUGCCAGAGUUGUUUUGAUUCAGAUAUUAAGUGUGGUAGCUUACUGUCAUCUACAGGGUGUUGUACACCGCGAUCUCAAGCCAGAGAAUUUUCUUUUUAGUUCUGAGGAUGAAAAUUCUACAUUGAAGGCCAUUGACUUUGGACUCUCUGAUUAUGUAAAGCCAGUUUUUGCAGAUGAGAGAUUGAAUGAUAUUGUUGGAAGUGCUUAUUACGUUGCACCUGAAGUUUUGCAUAGAUCUUAUGGGACUGAAGCAGAUAUGUGGAGCAUCGGUGUAAUUGCUUAUAUUCUGUUAUGUGGAAGCCGUCCUUUUUGGGCCAGGACUGAAUCUGGCAUAUUUCGGGCUGUCCUUAAGGCAGAUCCAAGUUUCGAUGAAGCUCCCUGGCCUUCUUUAUCGGCUGAUGCAAAAGAUUUUGUAAAAAGGCUGUUGAAUAAAGAUUACCGUAAAAGACUAACCGCUGCUCAGGCUCUCAGUCAUCCGUGGCUGGUGAAUCACUUAGAGGACAUAAAGAUACCAUUUGACAUGAUAAUCCACAAGCUCAUCAAAACUUACAUAUGCUCGUCUUCUUUACGCAAAUCAGCAUUAGGGGCUCUUGCAAAGACAUUGACAUUAGUGCAGCUAGCAUAUCUCAGAGAACAAUUUACUCUAUUAGGGCCAAACAAAAGUGGGCUAAUCUCUAUGCAGAACUUCAAGACGGCUGUUUUAAGAAGCGCCACUGAUGCCUCGAAGGAUUCACGGGUCUUAGAUUAUGCGAACAUGGUUAGCUCAAUCCAGUAUCGAAAAUUAGAUUUUGAGGAAUUUUGCGCUGCUGCUAUAAGUGUCCAUCAACUGGAGGGAAUGGACACUUGGGAGCAACAUGCAAGGCGUGCCUACGAGCUGUUUGAAAAGGAUGGAAAUAGGCCAAUUAUGAUCGAAGAGCUUGCCUCGGAACUUGGACUUAGCCCCUCAGUACCUAUUCACGUGGUACUCCAAGAUUGGAUAAGACACUCAGAUGGAAAGCUAAGUUUCUUAGGGUUUGUCAGACUCCUGCAUGGAGUUUCUUCUCGCACAUUUCACAAGGCUUGAGAGAAAAUACACAUGUUUGCUAUUGUCUUAACUUGCCGCUAUUGAUCAUAAGAUCUUUUGAUGAGAUUUGAAUGCAUUACUCAUGAGCAAAACUACAACAUAAAAUCUCUCCAUUGUGAUCCAAACAUGGCUUUUGCAAAGCCAAAAGUCUAUAUAUAGCUUGUUGGGAGUUGCCAUGUGAUGUUGCUAUAUGCAACAUCUCUUGUUAAAUGUCCCUUCGAGUGUUUUACAAACCGAAAAACACUUUCCUCCACCCUUGUUUUAUUGCUCUCUUUAAGUUUGAGAUCGAUGGUGCUGGAGUUAGAGGCUUGUACAGAUUAAAGUAGAGCACAAGUUGUACUUAGGACUAGUGGAACUUUUAUAAAAUUAGUUGUGUUUUUUUUUGGGUUUAUCUCCUGUGUACCCUUGGAACUUAUGAAUAAACUCUAUUCAAAUGUGAACUCCUUCAUAGUUAAUGCAACUUUUUAUUUAUUUAUGUAUUA